AUGCCUAAAAAUAAGAAGAAACCAGAAAGUUCCAGCAGUGACAGUGAUGACGGUCCCGUUGAUAGAAAUCCGCCAGCAGAGAAAAAAGCUAAAAUGGGCUCCAGGACAGAAGAUAAAGAGCCAACUUGGGUCCUGCAAGGUAAAAAGUUGGUAAAAGUAAGAGAGUUCAAGGGCAAGGUCUAUGUAGAUAUAAGAGAAUUUUAUGAAAAAAAUGGAGAAUUAUUACCAGGAAAGAAAGGCAUCAGUUUAACACCUGAACAGUGGAGGAAGCUCUUGUCUUUAGGAGAUGAAAUUAACGAAGCUGUCAGUUCCUCAUGUUAA